AUGAUUUCGGGCAUCCUCGUUUUCAAUCAGAAGGGCGAGAACCUCAUCUUUCGCGCCUUCCGUAACGACUGCCGGCCCCGUCUCGCCGAUGUCUUUCGCAUCCAGGUCAUCUCCAACCCUCUGGUUCGCUCGCCCAUCUUGACCCUUGGUUCCACUACAUUCAGCCAUGUCAAGCACGAGAACAUCUUCAUCGUCGCCGUCACAAAGGGCAAUGCCAAUGCUGCCCUGGUCUUUGAGUUCCUGUACCGCUUGAUCCAGCUUGGCCGCUCCUAUUUCGCCAAAUUCGACGAGGAGGCUGUUAAGAACAACUUUGUCUUGAUCUACGAACUGCUCGAUGACACUCUCAAGAUGUACAUUACCACCGAAGGUGUCAAGUCUGAGAGGAACCUCGUCGACUCAUCCAAGAUCACAAUGCAAGCCACCGGUGCCAUGUCCUGGAGACGAGACAACAUCAAGUACCGCAAGAACGAAGCCUUUGUCGACGUUAUCGAAGAUGUGAACCUCCUCAUGUCCGCCAAUGGAACCGUCCUACGUGCCGAUGUCAAUGGUCAGAUCGAAAUGCGCGCUUAUCUCUCUGGUACUCCUGAAUGCAAGUUUGGCCUUAACGACCGUCUCACACUCGGCGAGGAAGCUCUGGCCUCACCUUCGGGAAACAUGGCCGGCACAAAGGCCACAAAGGCUGCCGCUGGCAGUGUCACCCUCGAAGAUUGUCAAUUCCACCAGUGCGUGCGUCUGGGCAAAUUCGACACCGACAGGACAAUCUCCUUUAUUCCUCCCGAUGGUAGCUUUGAGCUAAUGCGAUACCGUGCUACCGAGAACAUCAACUUGCCCUUCAAGGUGCAUGCCAUUGUCAAUGAGAUUGGAAAGACAAAGGUCGAGUACAGCAUCGCCAUCAAGGCAAACUAUGGCUCGAAGCUCUUCGCCACAAACGUUGUCAUUCGAAUCCCAACUCCUCUCAAUACUGCUUCCAUCACCGAACGAACGUCCCAAGGAAAGGCCAAGUACGAGCCAGAACACAACAACAUUGUCUGGAAGAUUGCUCGCUUCACUGGUGGCUCCGAAUAUGUACUAAGCGCUGAAGCUCAACUGACUUCUAUGACCAACCAAAAGGCUUGGAGUAGACCGCCGUUGAGUCUGAACUUUUCGCUGCUCAUGUUCACAAGUUCGGGCUUGUUAGUGAGAUAUCUCAAAGUCUUCGAAAAGAGUCAGUACAGCAGUGUCAAGUGGGUACGGUACAUGACCCGAGCGGGCAGUUAUGAGAUACGUUUCUGA